UUUCAUUCACGUAACCCGAGAAAAACCCGAACCCUCCAAUCAUAUAUUCUUCUGAACAAAAAAUUUCUCCCAUUCCCCUUUGUCUGUAACAAUUUAUCCAAUCUCUUCGUCUUUGGUUUUCCCUAGGUGACUUAACUCAUUCAAUGGCGACCGGUUUAAUCCGACGAGCGAUUUCUAGGGUCCACUCAUCGCCGGCGGCGAAGCUAGUUGUCGCCCGAGCACACGCAUCGGAGGCCAAAGCCCAUCAAUCAGAAUCCAAGCAGCAGCCAAACAUCAAGUCAUUUCAAAUUUACCGAUGGAGUCCAGACAACCCAGGUAAACCCGAGCUCAAGGAAUACAAAAUCGAUCUGAAAGAAUGUGGCCCAAUGGUCUUAGAUGCUUUAAUUAAAAUCAAAAACGAAAUCGACCCAUCACUUACGUUUCGUAGAUCCUGUAGAGAAGGGAUCUGUGGGUCCUGUGCUAUGAAUAUUGAUGGUUGCAAUGGACUUGCUUGUUUGACUAAGAUCGAUUCGGGUGCUGAAUCGACGAUUACGCCGUUGCCACAUAUGUUUGUGAUUAAGGAUCUGGUUGUGGAUAUGACUAAUUUUUAUAAUCAGUACAAGUCUAUUGAGCCUUGGUUGAAGAGGAAGACGGAGCCGCCGACCCCUGGGAAGGAGAUACCGCAGAGUAAGAGUGAUAGGGCAAAGUUGGAUGGGAUGUAUGAGUGUAUUCUGUGUGCUUGCUGUAGCACAUCAUGCCCUAGUUACUGGUGGAAUCCUGAGUCUUAUCUUGGUCCGGCUGCACUGCUUCACGCUAACCGAUGGAUUAUGGAUAGCCGUGAUGAAUAUACUCAGGAGCGCCUGGACGCAGUUAAUGAUGAAUUCAAGCUUUAUCGCUGUCAUACUAUUCUGAACUGUUCUCGUGCUUGCCCAAAGGGAUUGAAUCCUGGGAAGCAUAUUCAGAAUAUCAAGCGUCUGGAGCUUGCAUCUUGAGCCAGCAGUGACGUCGUUCCAAGCUCUUUUGCUAAGAUUUGAAUUUGAAGGACCAGUAGGAGGUUGUUUCUCAAAAUAAUAUAUGCACAGAUUGUAAUUUGCUCUGUGAGAUCUUUUUUAUACUUGAAUUUAAGAUGAAAGGUGCAUCUCUCUUAAAUAUAAUACAGUAUCAUUUUCAAGUACAUUGCUCCAUAAUGCCUGAAAUGUGUGUGUUUCCUUUUAUAAGUUUUGUAUAGACCUGGCUAUAUUUUUUCAAGGAUGGUUGUUUGGGAUGUC